CCAAAAUAAGAAGAUGUAGGAAAACUCUGUUGCUUGCUAUCAGAUACUGAGAUUUCAAGUUUGUUCUGUGCAUGCUGAUCAAACAACUUUAGCGAUUAGUCUUUAGCUGUGACCUGAAAUUUUCAUCUCAUACAGGGUAAGGUUCAAGGAUGACAGAAUCACUGAUCUGUAGUGGAAGAUCUCAUGUCAUUUGUGGAAGGGAAGAACCACAGCAGUAAGGAUGAAGUACAUGAAACUUGGAAUAAAGCCAGACACUUUCUACACAGGGGAAGCUACAAGAUCAGUGCUAUCAGAUGUUCCAACUGAUCUCAUCAUUCAUGUUAAUAACACCAAAUACCUCUUGCAUAAGUUUCCACUUCUGCCGAAGUGCGGUUUCAUCCAACGCCUCUGCUCCGACACCGACACCGACGCCGGCCAAGCAAUCCCGGUGGCUCUUCAUGAUGUUCCGGGAGGGGAAGAAGCCUUUGAGCUCUGUGCCAAGUUCUGCUACGGCAUCACCAUCAACCUCAGCGCCCACAACUUUGUGGCAGCACUGUCUGCAGCAAAAUUCCUGCGCAUGACCGAGUCGGUGGCCAAAGGAAACUUCAUCGCCAAGCUCGAGUACUUCUUCGAGUCAUGCGUCCUCCAAGGCUGGAAGGACUCGAUCAUGGUGCUCCAGUCCAUGUGGAGACAGUCCGGGUGGUCGGAUGAACACAGGAUCGUGCAGCCAUGCAUGGAUUCCGUCAUCGAGAAGAUCCUCAUCCAUCCAUCUCAGGUUACAUGGUCCUACACCUACACGAGGCCAGGCUACAAGAAGCAGCGACAUGGCGUCCCCAAGGACUGGUGGACCGAGGAUGUUUCCGAUCUCGACCUCGAUCUCUUUCGAUCCAUCAUCUCCACCGUCAGAUCCACCAAGAAGCUCCCUUCGGCUCUCGUCGGCGAAGCCCUCCAUGUCUAUGCCUGCAGACACAUACCGAGCCCACUGGACUUCCAAGCUCAGAGCUCUGUAGCACGAACUGACGAAACCCCGAGCAAGCACCGACGAGUGCUCGAGGCCAUCGUGAGCAUGAUCCCGACCGAAACAGCAUCCGUCUCCGGCAGCUUCUUGCUGAGGCUUCUUAAGCUUACAAUCUACGUCGGAGCCUCUCCGUCUACCAAAGCCGAGCUCGUGAGACGAUCAGGUCGCCAACUGGAUGAAGUCACUGCAAGCGAUCUGCUUCUUCCGGCGGGCACAAACGCCCAGUCUCAUGACACCGGCAUGGUGAAGGCAAUCCUGGAGAGCUUCCUGCUGCAACUCCGCCGACCGAUGCCCCGAGAGGAGACCGAAAGGAUGACCAUGUCCAUGACCAAGGUGGGGAGGACCUACGACUCCUACCUGCGGAUCAUUGCAAGCGAGGGUGGUUUACCGGCGUCGGAGUUCAUCAAGCUCGCAGAGUCCCUGCCUCAAGUGUCAAGAGAGCAACAUGAUGGGCUCUAUGAAGCCAUUGAUACCUACCUAAAGGAGCACCCGGAGUUGAGCAAGGCAGAGAGGAAGAGACUCUGCAGAAUGAUCGACUGCCGGAAACUUUCGCCGGAAGCACUUGCAGAUGCUAUAGCCAACGACCAGCUGCCACUGCGCACGAUCGUGCAGCUUCUGUUCGUCGAGCAAGAGAGGGUUGGAGGAGGCGGUGGUGGUCAACACGCUCCUGUCAUCUCAUCCAAGACCGAGGUUUCAGUGGCCAAGAUAGCUCAAGACGAGGUCACAAGCUCCAGAAAUGGACCGGAGGGUGGACACAGAGCCGAGAAAACGAAGGUGGUGCCAUCACCAUCCGAAUCCAAGAUAGCAGAGGAGGAGAGGAAGGUGAAGGCUGGAGGACUCGCCACCAAGCUCAAGACCAAGUGAACCGAGUCAAGUCAAAGUCAAAAUGGAUGAGGAAUAUGGUGACUGACAUGCUACGAUCAGUUGAUGAUGUUUGAAAUGGCAUGACAAUGUGGGUUUUAUCAUCCUCCUUCUGAAGGAUAAUGUUUGCUUGCAGAGGUAACACAGCAGCCGCCUCCAAAAUCCAUGUCAUGAUUCAUGAAUAAAUAGUACCAUUAAUUCUUUCUCA